AUGAUUGGUUUAAGUGUGUUUUUGGUGGCGUUGGGAGUGGUGGUAGGGGAUAGAAGUCAGUUACCCCCUACUUGUAAUAGUUUAAUCUACUGCCAUGGACCUCUCCUAGAUACGGUCCAGAUGGCUGGUCUUUACAAUGACUCUAAAACUUUCGUGGAUAUGAAAAUGAAGCUCUCACCGAAUAUAACAAUGGAACAUUUCAACGAGAUGAUGAGCAGGACAAGUUCAAGACCAACUAGGGCUGAUAUCCAGGAGUUUGUCAACCAGAACUUCGAUCCUGAAGGUUCAGAGUUCGAGGACUGGCGACCAACUGAUUGGAAAGAAAAUCCUGCAUUUCUCCAUAAUAUCAAAGAUCCUUUAUUCCACCAAUGGGCGUCAGAUCUUAAUAGGCUGUGGCUUCAGUUAGGCAGGAAAAUGAAAAAAGAAGUAAAACAUAACCAAGAAUUGUACUCAAUCAUAUACGUUGAUAAUCCUGUUAUUGUACCUGGGGGUCGUUUCAGAGAAUUCUAUUAUUGGGAUUCAUAUUGGAUUAUUAAAGGGUUAUUGUUAUCUGAAAUGCGUACAACUGCCAAAGGCAUGGUUGAAAACUUUCUAAACAUCGUCGAUAGAUUCGGUUUCAUCCCUAAUGGUGGUAGAAUAUAUUAUAUAAUGAGAUCUCAACCACCUCUCCUUAUUCCUAUGGUAAAGUUAAUAAUGGAAGAUUUUGGUGACAUUGAGUUCUUGAAGCAACACAUCGGUACUUUGGACCGCGAGUUCGAUUUUUGGGUCAAAAAUCAUACGAUUGACGUAGAACAUGAGGGCCAUAUAUACCAAUUAUCGAGAUACAACGACCAAUCGCAAGGCCCCAGACCUGAGAGUUACAAAGAAGACGUCGAUUGUGCUAAACAUUUCGACAACGACGCAAAGAAAGAAGAGCUUUAUGCUGAGUUGAAAUCUGCUGCUGAGUCUGGAUGGGAUUUCUCAUCUAGAUGGUUCAUAUUAAAUGGAACUAACAAAGGUAAUCUAACAAAUUUAAAAACACGAUCAAUAAUCCCAGUGGAAUUGAACGCCAUAAUGUGUUGGAACGCUCAACUGAUGGCGGAAUUUCAUGAACAACUGCAAAAUAUUGAAAAAGCGCAAUAUUAUAGAGAAGUACACGCUCGACUCAUGGAAGCCAUUGAAAAGGUCCUCUGGCAUGAAGAUGUAGGAGCCUGGCUAGAUUUCAGUCUAGAAUCAGCUAGACGAAGGGAUUACUUCUAUCCUACUAACAUCGCGCCUCUGUGGACUGGAUGCUUUGAUAAAGCAAGAAAAGAAUACUACGUUAACCGUGUUAUCAAUUACUUGGACAAAGUUAAGGUGGACAUAUUCGAAGGAGGUAUCCCAACGACCUUUGAGCAUUCUGGUGAGCAAUGGGACUACCCCAACGCAUGGCCUCCAUUACAAUAUAUAGUGAUCAUGGGGCUGGCAGAUACUGAGAUGACCCAUGCUAUGCGUUUAGCUAAUGAAAUGGCUACCAAAUGGGUUAGGUCGAACUUCGAAGUGUGGAGGCAGAAGACCGCCAUGUUGGAAAAGUAUGAUGCUACUAUAUUCGGUGGCUAUGGCGGUGGAGGAGAAUAUGUAGUACAAACUGGCUUUGGCUGGACCAAUGGCGUUAUAAUGGCCCUCCUCGACAGAUAUGGAGACGGAUUGUAUGUAGCGGACGCGUUCGGCGAGGACGGCGCGGUGUACGGCGCGGGCGUCGGCAUCGGGGGGGUGGCUACCACCCUCGUGGUCGUCAUGACGUCUAUUGUGGCCGGUGCUUUGGGAUUAAUGAUAUACAAAAAGCGCCGUGACUACGCGCCUCUAGUGAACGGUGAAGAUUUGAAGUUGCUCGGACGAAAACCGUAUACCGAGCUUAGAAGCCUGAACGGGGCAUCGAACCCGCGACAACGACACAAACGAUGUAAUUUAAAUUUGGGCGAAUUUUCAAAAAUUGAAAAUUUCGCGGAAAAUACUUUCAAAUUUUUGGAGAAGACUGAAAGAUAUGGAGAUUAUUUGAAACAUUUUAACGUUAGUGACUGCUGUUCUAGUGCUAGUGAUAGUGAGUAUAGAAAACAACACAUAACUGAUGGCUUUAUAAUUCAUGAUGAAGUUUCUGACUCACAUUGGAAAGAAUACAAGAUAGCCUAUAAUAAGUUAUAUUCAAGUAUUCUCCACGAAGUAACUGCUUUAUCUACCUGGCGGAACAACUUAAAGCGUGUCGCACAACACAACAAGCAGUACCUUGCCGGGGAGCAAAGUUAUUCAUUACACUUAAACCAUUUUGGAGACUGGUCAAUAACAGCGUAUAUAAAACAAAUGUUAAAAUUAAUAAAGACUAUACCACUCUUCGAUCCAGCGGAAGAUCAUAGGAAGACAGCGUACCGCGAGAGUUUACAGAGGAAAACACCUACAAAAGUGGACUGGCGUUCUAAGGGUUUUAAACCACGGAGAGAAGAGCAAUUUCAAUGUGGGGCUUGUUAUGCCUUUGCUGUUGCGCACGCGCUGCAGGCGCAGUUGUAUAAAAAACAUGGUGAUUGGAGUGAACUUAGCCCCCAACAGAUAGUAGACUGUAGUUUGAAAGAUGGUAAUUUCGGGUGUAACGGGGGCUCCCUACAAGCAGCUAUGCGGUACGCAGCUCGAGACGGCCUCAUGUAUGAAACCUAUUACCCCUAUAUUGGAAAGAAAGGGGUAUGCCAUUAUAACAGUUUAACCACUCGUGCUCGAGCCAGGCGCUGGGCAACUUUGCCGUCGGGGGAUGAAGAUGCUAUCGAAAAAGCUGUUGCUACUAUUGGACCUUUGGCUGUAGGCAUUAACGCUUCGCCAUUUACUUUCCAGUUAUAUAGAAGUGGUAUCUACGACGACCCCUUCUGCGUGCCGUGGGGCUUAAACCACGCAAUGCUACUCGUGGGAUACACUCCUGAGUAUUGGAUUUUAUUAAACUGGUGGGGCAAGCAGUGGGGAGAGGAUGGAUAUAUGAGAAUCCGAAGAGGUUUUAAUAUCUGUGGUGUUGCAAAUAUGGCUACCUAUGUGGAGUUG